AGGUUCACUCAUCAGAAGUAAUGCAAGACGGUGAAGACUCGGAGGAUCUUUCUCUCGGCGAUGUUUUCACGGAACCUCCCCGUCCACCAACACCCCCGCCAACCUUUGCAACAUGUACACGAAACGCCUUUCCCGAUCUUAAAAUCCGCCUGGUAGGAUCGCAUCCGCUAUGGGCUCAUCAUCUAUGGAAUGCAGCAUUAGCAUUUGCAUCGUAUAUAGAUUCAAAUCCAGAGAUAGCACGCAAUCGCUGCGUACUCGAACUCGGAGCUGGUGGAGGCCUCCCAGGACUCGUUGCAGCACAAAACGGCGCUAAAAAAGUUGUACUGACAGAUUACCCGGAAGCGGUCCUCAUCGAUAACUUAGAAUUUAACGCGAGACAAAACCUGUCUCCUGAUGAGCAGGAUCAUGUUGAGACUCAGGGAUAUAUCUGGGGCCAUGCGGUAGACAACAUAAUGCGAGCACUCCCAAAGGAUGCCUCAACAGGAUUUCACUUAAUCAUAUUAUCAGACCUAAUAUUUAAUCACUCGCAGCAUGACGCGUUAUUGAAAUCUUGCGAUAUGUGCUUAACUUCUCGCUCCGCAAGCGAUGACGCUUCAAUUGCACCAUGCGUGCUGGUUUUCUACUCCCAUCAUCGACCGCAUUUGGCAGACCGGGAUCUUGAUUUUUUCCGCAAAGCUCAAGGAGAUAGUAACGCACAAAUAUCCGGUUUGCUUGAUCCACACAUUGAUGGACUCUUUUCUGAUGGCUUGAUGCUUCACAGCCCAUGUUCCCGGAAGAUCCAGGCGAAGAGGAAGUUCGUGCUACAGUGCAUGGUUGGAGGAUGACAAGGGGGGAUGCCGGCGAUUUUCCUCACUCAACUCUGAUCUAGCAAACCAAUAUAUAAAGUAUAUUUUGAUUCCAGGUAGGUGUUACAACACCUCUGAUCACUUGUAAGACUUCCUAUGACGUGUGCCACAUAAUUUCAUCACACCACACAUAUAUCGAGAUCCAGACCCAGCAAGCAAUUGAUUCAAACAAAUAAUA